UUAUGCCAUCUGUAAACAUCAGGGUCUGUGUGGGAGGCGAGUCAAGGGGGUGACCUGCCACGGGAGAAUGGGCCACUGCAUUGUUCCUGGAGUUACCCCAUCACCCGAGAUGUUGGCGGGCAAUGGGAGAGCGCCCAUGUGUACCUCCUCAUCAGCUCCUUCUUUGAGAUGGGCAGAACAAGGAGGAAGGUGUCCCCGCUGCGCAGCAAGCAACUAUUUAACAUGGGGGCUUGGUGAUGCUGCCCAGCACUGUCCGUGUGCAUCCUCCCCGGGUUCAGUUCGCCAGGCAGCUCGGGCCAUGGACGAUUGCCUGCUGGACUUCGACCAGGAUGCGGCCGGGGAGCUGGCUUUCUGGGGUCAGUUGGACUCACACGCUCAGCUCCAGAAUCAAUGGGAUGGCCUGAAUUUGGAAUGUCCUCCCGUCAGUGACCAGCUGUCUCCGUGGUCGUCCUACUCCUGCCAGUCCGCCUUCCCCGAGGCGCAGUUUGCCUUGCUGGACCUGGAUCUGCAGUCUUUGCAAAUCGAGGGCAGUGCCGGAGAGGACAGCUCCUGCUCGGAGGAGCCGCACUCCCAGCAACGCCGCCAGCGCCGGCACGUCCCUGCUCACCCCUACAAGGCGCAGAGGUACGCGGCGAAUAUUCGGGAGAGGAAACGGAUGCUGAGCAUCAACUCCGCCUUCGAGGAACUCCGGUGUCACGUCCCAACCUUCCCGUACGAGAAGCGCUUGUCCAAGAUCGACACUCUGCGGCUGGCUAUUGCCUACAUCGCUCUGCUCCGAGAAAUCCUGGUGUCCGGCUGUGAGCCCAAGGCUUACCUGGAGCAGUGCCUGCAGAGCGGCUAUCAGAGCAAGCAGGAUGCAGUCUGGAACACCAGCGAUCUGACAGCCCGUCUUUCUUGGAUAAAGUGGGAUUAGUGCUAUUUUGGAGCUUCCCCAGCCUCGUGCGGUGACGUCACUCCCGGGUACCAGCUGCUGCUUCCCAGCGCCCUGGGGGUCACUGCGCCUGCGCGGUUUAGCUCCAUUGAAGAUAGUGAAAAACUCCAGACCUCUGACAAUUGAUCUUCGCAAAGCUCCCAAGCUAUCUAAACUCACUGUCUUUCUCUUGCUCUCUCUCCCUCUUGCUCUCUCUCGCUCUGUCCAGGCUGUGGUUAAUAUUAUGAUCUAUUUAGUUUCAAGUACACUUUAAUUUGCUUUGGCAACGUUGACAGCUAAAUAAUACUUGAAUCGAACGGUUUGACUUUACAAUGUAAUAUUUAAGGUCCAGUCGUAGCAAUCCCUUCACUAAAGGACACCCGAACCCCACCACAGAAAUUGCUUAUUUGCAGAUAGGUGAGGUUGGGACUGCGAGGGAAAAGAUGCCGAAUGGAAGACAGCCGCAUUCUUUCACAACCUUUCACUUAAUGUUUUUUUUUCACUGGACUGGAUAUUUGCCUGCACAUCAAGAAAACGUACUUUAUAAAUGUUCCAAAUUUCAUUUCGUCUGUAAAACAAAAUUGGGUCGAGGCUUUAAAGUCGUUUGUCAUUUACUGUUCGGCCCACCUUUGGGUCGAAUGCUAAGUUGUUUUUGUUUCCUCUCUCACGUAUACCCUGUUUCUGUACUGUCUCGAAAGUUCUAUUGAUUUUGUACGUACUUUUUUUGUUCUGCCUUUCGCCGACUGCGCCACAGUCAGAUUUAAAAGAACGUUAAAAGAGGGGUUUUAACCAGGAGAGCCGGGUCAUUGCUAGGAAAACAGCCUUCACAGAAUUGUCAGCUCCUGGAAAUAAGUGAUGGAGAAACCCAGGUGUAACUCCGGCUCUGGGGAGAACGAACACAGUCUGUGUUAUGUCACGUAUUUAAUAAUCGUUUCAAAUAAAAUCGUAUGCUUAAAAACGCUUUGACAAAGUCCGUAAAACAAAUCGAGGUCACGACUAAAUGAGACCAAAGAAAAUCAAAGUGUUCUUUUUUCAAACCAAAAACAGAAAUUGCUGGAAAAGCGCAGCAGGUCUGGCAGCAUCUUUGCAAAGAAAUCAGAGUUAACAUUUCGGAUGGAGUAACCUUUCCUCAGAACUGGAGGAAUUCUGUGAAAGGGAAUUCUGUCUCCCUCAAAGCGUUGGAACGACGAAUUGUAAUGGCCCGAACAUCUGUAUUGAGGAAAGUUGUGGUAGAAUAAAUUGUCCUUUUUAAAAAUAAUUUAUCCGUACUGCUGUCCGGUUUUCAUAUUCCGAUAUGUCGGGAUUUUAAGUUCACAUACCGGAGGAUUUGUUCAGCCUGUUAGCAGUGCCUCACUGAUGAACACUGGCUGUUGAUUCAGACCAGAGACAUUUGUUGGAGUACUGUUUGCCUCCUCUAUGGAUGCUGCCUGUCCUGCUGAACAUUGCCAGCACCACCUCUCACAAUCUUCACACGAGACUGGCGGCGCCGUGCGUGGGAACGAUCUUAUGGAAAAGUCAGUCGUUACGAGAGAAAAGUCGAAAUUGUUCCCGUCAAACAGGUUUAACUUAAAUUGAAAUCCCGCAGACUUUGCAGGAAAACACAAGCUCAUGAAAUUAUAAACCAUCAAGCUGGAGAGAGGGUGGGGGUCGCGCAUUCCGCUAGCAGGUUUUAAACUGUAGUUACAUUCCUUUUAGGAGGAUCCUGGAAGAUGAAGGAGAGUCGCUCCGAAAGCUAGUGUGCUUCC